CCGAUGAAGACGAGGACGAGGAAGAAGCAGAAGAGAAACUACCUUCAUGUAUGGACUAUGUGAUGCAUUUCUUAACGCUCUUCUGGAAAAUAAUGUUUGCAUUUGUGCCUCCCACAGAUUAUUUCAGUGGCUGGGCCUGCUUCUGUGUGUCCAUCGCGCUCAUCGGGGUACUGACCGCCGUCAUCGGUGACCUGGCUUCCAGUUUCGGUUGUACUGUGGGACUUAAAGACUCCGUGACGGCCAUCUCCUUUGUGGCUCUAGGCACUAGUGUUCCAGACACAUUUGCCAGUAAGGUUGCCGCCAUUAACGACCGCUACGCCGACUCCUCCAUCGGCAACGUCACCGGAAGCAACGCCGUCAACGUUUUCCUGGGCAUCGGCAUCGCCUGGACCAUCGCUGCCGUCUACCACGCCGUCAAUGGGCGGGAGUUCGUGGUGCCCGCUGGGGAUUUGGCCAUGUCCGUCACCGUCUACUGUGUCCUGGCUCUAGUGGCUAUCGCCUUAAUCAUGGCUCGCCGGCACCGAGCCGUGGGCGGUGAACUUGGGGGACCUGUCAAAUUCAAAAGGCCCACUUCAAUUAUUUUAAUGUUAUUCUGGAUUCUCUACCUUCUCAUUUCAGCUUUUGUGUCUUAUUGUUAUAUUCCAGGGUUCUAA